UUGUCAGUGGCCAGGCUCCCGCGCACGGUCCAGUGGCCGUGCAGCUUGGCCCUUGUUGGGCAGUGUGCUCCAGGACUGUCGUCCCUGACCAGGUUGGGGCCAGGAAGACCAUGAUUCCUCUGUCUGGCCCCCCUAAAACCAACUUGUGGCGGGUUUUGUUCCUGGGAUUGAGUACUGUCGUGUCCCCAUCUCAGGCCCAGUUUGAGCUGCAUGUGCCCACCGGCCUCACCAAGUUGCAGGCGGUAGAAGGGACAGAAGUGGUGUUCCCAGUCUGGUACACUAUGCCCGGGGAGAUGCCUGAUAUCCAGCCAUGGGAGGUGCCCUUCGUGAUCUGGUUCCAGGAACAAAAAGGGAAAAAUUCAGACCAGCUGUUGUCAUAUAUCAAUGGGAUUUUGUCAACCACAACAUGGCGGGCAUCUCUGGUUUACAACAUGCCUUCCCGGAAUGUGUCCCUGCUCCUGCAAGCCCUCCAAGAGAAAGACUCUGGCUCCUACCGCUGUUCUGUGAAUGUACAAGACAGUCAUGGCACCAACUGGGGCAACAGCGUCAAAACCAUAGAGCUCAAUGUGCUGGUUCCUCCAGCUCCUCCAUCUUGCCAUCUUCUGGGGGUACCCCGGGUGGGGUCCAAUGUGACCCUGAGCUGCCAUUCCCCAAGGAGUAAACCUCUAGCAGAAUACCAGUGGGAGCGGCUACCCCCAUCCUCCAAGAUUUUCUACCCACCAGUUUUAGAUCCUGUGCGUGGGUCUUUAACCCUCACCAACCUUUCUAGUGCCAUGUCUGGAGUCUAUGUCUGCAAAGUCCAGAAUAUAGUGGGAAGUGCCCAGUGCAAUGUAACUCUGGAAGUGAGCACAGAGUCUAGGGCCGCAGUAAUUGCUGGAGCAGUUGUGGGUACCCUGGUUGGAUUGGUGCUGCUGGUUGGGCUAGUCCUCUUGUACCAACGCCGGGAAAAGGCUCCAGAGGAACUGGCCAAUGAUAUCAAGGAGGACGCCACUGCUCCCCGAACCCUGCCCUGGACCAAGGGCUCAGACACACUCUCCAAGAAUGGAACUCUUUCCUCUGUCACCUCAGCACGCGCCUUCCAGCCACCCCAGGGCCCUCCUAGGCCCAGUGUAUUGACCCCCACGCCCAGUCUCUCUAGCCAGGCCCUGUCCUCACCAAAACAUCCCAGAACAAAAGAGGCCCCCCCUCAGCCAGUAUCCCUGACCCCUGGGAGAGUUUCCUCCUCUUCCCUGAGCCAUAUGGGUGCUGUACCUGUGAUGGUGCCUGCCCAGAAUCAGGCUGGGUCUCUAGUGUGACAACUCAGGCAAUCAUUGGGCAAAUGAUCUGGUGUCUCUCCUUGUAUCCUGUAGCACAGAAGCCUGGGUUGGGGAGGAUAGCCACAUUCCAGGCUUCCAGUCCUCUGCCCUCACCAUGCUUGACUGUGAGACAGCUGGGUCUCAGUAAGCCCAAAUGUCCAGGAGGUCAAAGGAAAAGAAGAGGAGAACCUGGGGAAGAGGAGAACCUCCCCCCUCCCUCCCUCCCUCUGUUUGUCUCUAUGAAGCCAGCUGAAUGCUGAGGAGACUGGCUACCCUCUAAGGGCUGUGGAGAUUUCCAGUCAGUGAGUCCACAGGCCCCCAGCAUCUGUACCAUGUUCUUACCUAAUGCUGUCCUUUGUUGCCACUCCAGCUCUUAAACUGACCUGUUGAACUGAAACCUCGUUGUACAACUAUUUAAAGAUCUUUUUUUUUUAUUGGAAAAAAAAGAGAUAAACAUCUCCUGCUUGCUUGGUUGAGUGUUGUUGGGGCACAGGUUAGGGAAGACAUUGUAAAAACGAACUUGAAUUGUGAUUUUUGUUUUGCAGAUUUCAAUAAAGAUACAAUGCAUUUGUAUAAAA